AUGCCUUUCUACGAAGUCCACCACUCUUGUGCUCUUACACAGGGACAACGUCAAAACUUAGCGACCGCAAUUACGAAGCUUCACUGCGAUGCUUUCAAGACUCCAGCAUUUCUAGUCCACGUACGCUUCCUUGCAGAAGACAACACCGACAACACUUACUUUGUCGCUGGAAAACCUCACCCUCUAACAUCAAACCGCAUCUCUGGAAAUGUUCGCACGUCUGCAGCCCGAUCGAAAGCAGAUUUCGAUGAGCUCGGUGCAAAGAUAGAAGCAGCUUGGUAUGAAACGCUCCAAGUCACGUCGCCAGCUGAGAAGUCCACAUGGAGCGACGAAGAUGAGAAGACUCGAUUGAUUAUGGUGAAAUUUAUACCGCUAGUCACGAUUCGCGAGGGCGGAAUGGCCGCGCCUCAGGCGGGCGAGGAGGAAGCGUGGCUUAAAGAGCAGCUGCCUCACAUCGAGAGCAUGGCUAAUAAGGGCCUUGAGGACUUUAUUGACUUCUGGAAUGAAAUGAAGGAGAACAAGGGGCCUAUGAGUGAUAUGUUAUAA